ACCAAGAAGAAGUGUCAUUUGAUAGUGAGGCGUCAUGAGAGUAGAACAAAACAGCUUGGAUGAGUCGUCUGGGUAGGACUGUGGUCAUUUGGGGUAAUUUGAUAUUUCUUCACCAGAAUUAAUAAAACAUCGAGGAGUUUCUGUGGAUAUAUUGUCAACGAGCUGCUGACAUUAAACCAGAUCGUGUUUAUUAUGACUUAUAUUACGUCACGCAUUUAACAAAAUAUAAAUGAAGCCAUGUCUUCAGAAAACUGCUGCACUGGACGCGUGGAGCUUUCGGACAGCUGACAGCUUCAGGAGCUGAAGAUGGAUCGAUACAUUGAAGCAGAUGUCACCGUGUGCUCCUCGGUUCUGCUUCCUGUGUGACUUUCCCUCCUACAUUUCACCACAAGUCUGUUGGACACGUAGCUGCAUCCAGGACUGCAGAAGGACGCGGCCAUGUCGAGGUCCAGUCGGAGGUACAAGCCUCUGCAGCAGAGCAACGGGGGCGGCUCGUUCCCCGCCUGUGACCGGGUGCGGAUGCCCCGAGCCCGCGUGCUGCUGCUGUGUCUUCUCGGUGUCCUGGUGCUGGCGGUGGUGCUCGGUGUUUACCUGUCCAACGACACCGCGGGGACGCAGGUGAACCGCAUGCCAGCUGCAGAUCUGACUAAAGAAAAGUGGUCCCACAAACCCAGUAAGGUCUCUCCAGCUCAGAUCCGCCGUCUGGCCUCUCAGGUGGAUGGCACUCGCCUGUGGGAGUCCUACCUGCGCCCAAUCCUGAUAGAAAGGCUUCCAGGAACAAAAGGCAGCCUUGCUGUACAGCAGCACAUCACCUCCACCCUAACAUCGCUGUCUGCUGGCUGGUCCAUAGACCUGGACUCCUUCCAGUCUCCGACGCCUCGCGGUCAGGUCACCUUUACUAACAUCAUUGCCACUCUGGACCCGGCGGCUCGGCGGAGGCUCCUCCUGGCAUGCCACUAUGACUCCAAGGCCCUGCCUCCAGACCCGCUGGCUCCAGAGAGGGUGUUUGUGGGGGCCAGUGACUCUGCAGUGCCCUGUGCUAUGAUCCUGGAGCUGGCCACCUCUCUGGAUGCUCAGCUCAGGUCAUUCAAACAGCAGAAACUCCCAGUCACCCUACAGCUUGUGUUUUUUGAUGGUGAGGAGUCGUUUGAAGAAUGGACCACCACAGACUCGCUGUACGGCUCUCGCCACCUGGCUGAGCUCAUGGCUAACACGCCUCUCGCUGCAGCCUCCACUCACGCCACCAUGAUCCAGGCCGUGGACCUCUUUGUUCUGCUGGAUCUGCUCGGUGGUCCAGAUCCACUGAUUGCAAAUCACUUCGAUAACACGGCGCGGUGGUUUGACCGCCUGAUAGCUGCAGAGAAGAGGCUCCAUCGGCAGGGUCUCCUGUCGUCUCACCCCUCAGAGCAGGCGUACUUUAGAAAAGAUGUCUACCUCGGACCUGUGCAAGAUGACCACAUUCCCUUCCUCCACAAAGGUGUCCCUGUUGUACACAUCAUUGCCACUCCCUUCCCUCAGUUCUGGCAUAAAAUGGACGACACCGAGGAGAACAUGCACCGUCCAACUGUGGAAAACCUCACUAAGAUCGUGGCUGUGUUUCUGGCUGAAUACCUGGGCUUCUGAACUGAAAACACCUUUUGGUGGAGGACCAAGCAGAUUUAAACAGAGAAAUCACCAGAAAGCCUCUGGUGAGACUAACUGAACAGGAGAAUCCAGACACUGACGAUGUCUCAGCUGCCGGGUUGGCUUCAGUGUCGUCUGAAGGAUGCAUCGGGACGGUUCUGUCUAAAUGUGCUGUAAAGAUUUUAAUAUAGCUCCUGGAAAUGUGAAUAAAUUCUAAGUUUUA